UUGAAAGAUUCUUUCAUGUGUCGAAUUUGAAUGAUGAAUCAGACGAUGGUCGUUACCGGUUACUGAGAUAAACUGUUCACUUUGGCGAAUCAGAAUCACACAAUUGUUUCACAAAGAGAUAAGCCACAGCAAAACCCCAACAAACAGACACAGAGAAGACAGAGAGAAGAGAGAGAGAGAGAAUGGUUCGCGCGAUUUCUUCUCCUCCACAACGCACUCUCUUCUCCAGCUCCGGCGCUUUCCCCUCUUCCAAUUUCUGCACUCGCCGCCCAUACAGCUUCUCCGGCAUCCCGCCGGCCAAGUCCCCGACCAGAGCCGUGAGCUUGGGGACGACCCAGCCGGAUACCCGACCCAAGAACCCGACCCGACGCGGAUUCGACGUCGAAAACCUAACCACAUGGCUGCUGAAGCAAGAACAAUCGGGCCAAAUCGACGCGGAACUCACCAUCGUCCUCUCCAGCAUUUCCUUAGCCUGCAAGCAGAUCGCCUCGCUGCUGCAGAGAUCCAGCAUUAUCAACCUCACCGGCGGCCACGGCACCAUCAACGUCCAGGGCGAGGACCAGAAGAAACUCGACGUCAUCUCCAACGAGCUGUUCUGCAACUGCCUGAGAUCGAGCGGGCGCACGGGGAUCAUAGCCUCGGAGGAAGAAGACGUACCAGUUGCUGUGGAAGAAACCUACUCUGGAAACUACGUGGUGGUGUUUGAUCCCAUUGAUGGCUCUGCCAAUAUCGACACUGCCUUGACCACUGGUUCCAUCUUUGGGAUUUAUGCGCCUGAUAAGCAAUGCCUCUUCGACAUUGAAGAUGAUUCUCCGCUUAAUCAAGAAGAACAAAAAUGCAUCAUGAAUGUAUGUCAACCUGGAAACAACCUAUUAGCAGCUGGUUACUGCCUCUAUUCAAGCUCAGUUGUCUUCACAAUCUCCAUUGGAAAAGGAGUUUUUGCCUUCACUUUGGACCCUUCCUAUGGUGAAUUUGUCUUAACUCAUAACAACAUCAAGAUACCAACCUUGGGAAAGAUCUACUCUUUCAAUGAAGGCAACUAUGAUCUUUGGGACGACAAGCUGAAGAACUACAUCGAUCAUCUCCGACAACCGACGUCCUCUGGCAAGUCCUACUCCGGCCGCUACAUCGGCUGCCUGGUCGGCGAAAUCCAUAGAAUGUUGCUUGUUGGAGGUAUCUAUGGAAACCCUGCAAAUGCGAACAACAAAAAUGGCAACCUUAGGUUGUUGUACGAGUGCGCGCCGAUGAGCUAUCUGAUCGAACAGGCGGGAGGGAAGGCGAUAGAUGGUCAUCGGAGAAUACUUGACAUCGAACCCGCGAAGAUUCACCAACGCACACCAAUAUUCAUUGGGAGCUCAGAGGAAGUGGAGAAAUUGCAAAAGUUUUUGGCUUGAUUUGAAACAGAGAAUGAGGUUGGAGGAGAAAUCAUUUUCUUUCUCAAUGUUCUUUCUUCAAUAUAUAUCUGUCUCUAAUUUUCUCAUUGUAGGUAAUCCAAGAUUAUGGCAUCAGAAAGUUGAAUUUUCUCCAAUUAUUCCAAUAUUUUUGGACACCAAUGCAGUGAUGGAAAUUGUUGGAGAUAAUCUGUUUACCAUAUAUAUUUAAAAAUUUGUUAUAA